AUAUAAAUAAACAAAUCAUUGUCACGUAACGUAAAAACGUCAGUAGGGAAUAAAUUUGAUCGGUUCGGAAGAAAAUAAUUUCAAUUAUUUUAUAAAUUUCAUCCUUACUGAAAGAUUUAGCAAGACAACACCUGUGAAAUAUCAAAACCAUUAACUGAAGUGCUUUGAAUCGUCAAAAAAUAUGGCAUCAGUAACGAUCAAACUAGAACCAGAAAGCCACAAAGAUGACCACAAAAUGUGUCGACUGUGUUUGAGCGAAGAUUUGCUUCACGAUAUCUUUACGGAAGAAGGUCUAAAUCAAUGCAUAUUGGAUCUCCUUUCAAUAGCGGUCUCCGUCGAUGAUCGUAUGAGUCAAGCUGUCUGCGCUAUGUGUCGAUUGCGGUUGACCGAAUUUCAUCAAUAUCGGAUACGCUGCCAUGAAGUGCAAGACGUGCUGAAAUCGUUGAUUGCCAACGAUGUGGUUGAGAAGUCAACUGUGCAGAUGGACGAGGAGAACGCUCCACAGCAUGAAAAUAGUGCACUAGCAAAGAAAGUCGGACAGGGAAAACAAAGAACUACUCAAUGCGAUGUAUGCGAUGCCGUGUUCAAAACGAAAAAUCAAUUAGCGUCACACAGGAAAAAACAUCAAAAGCAAAAGCAUGAGUGCGAAAUUUGUGGGAGGAUAUUUAAGUUCCGAAAAUGCUUUGACAAGCAUGUUGAAUCUCACCAGGAUGAAUAUGAAGAUGAUACACCUAACUCAAAUAGAAAGUCACCCACACCCCAAUCACGAAAUAGCAACAACAGCAAUUUAUCCCCCAAGACACAAGCAGAGAAUAGUGAAUUGAAAUCAACAUCACCUUUGCGAGAGAAAAUAAUAUUGGAAAAUUCGAAAUUGAAUCUAAAAUCACAACCUGUAAAUGCACUAUCGUAUAUUGAUGAGGAUGAGGAAGAAGAAUCCAGAAUCUACACUACAAGAAACGAUGACCUGAUUGGCAUAAACGAUUUGAUUGUCACGGAAGAAGUAAAAGUUGAAUCUUUUACAAUUCGUAAUUUGGAAAUUCCAAAUUACAGUCAAGCAGCUUCUAGUUUAGAAGCUACUGCAAAUGAGUCAAUCCAGAAAAAUACGAACGAUUCUGAGGCUGAAGUCCGUACAACUCAUACAAAAAAUCAAAAAAAGAAGCUCAAAUCAGGUCAAUGUGGUAUAUGCUUUAAAGUGAUGGUUUCGAAACGAAAUUUAUGGCACCACAUGAAAAGAGUGCACGGACCAAAAAAUUUUGUUUGCAAUGUUUGUGAUGUUGGAUUUCCGCUGCUAUGUAAAUUGAAUCUACAUUUGGCUACCAAGAUGCACAAGAGUAAAGCGCAUGAAAUUCGAUUAAGUCGUAAACCUGUUCCUGUGAAAGAUCAACGUGUUGCAGUGCAGUUACAAGAAGAUAUCGACAGCGAUCCAGAUAACAGUGCAAGUCUUGUUCAAACUGCUUUUAUUGAAAAUAAUGGUGAAUAUUCAUGUACCAUGUGCAACAGAAGCUUCCACCGAAAAUGUCAACUGAAAAAUCAUAUGGUAAUUCACGACAAAAAAGGGAAAAAACUAAAAUCAAUAUAUAUGGAGGAGGAAGAGUACAUGCCUGAAGAUAACUCAAACAUCGCCGUGAAUAUCACUACCAACGAAGUGGAACAAUCAAAAGUAGAUUCAAAUGAGGAUGAUCGAUGGCAAUGUAGAGUAUGCCAUAAAAUAUUUUUAACAUGGAAGAAACUUCGGAAGCACAAGCGAAAACAUGGAACCCACAAAUAUUCCUGCCCAAUUUGCAACAAGCCAUUCGUUGAACGUUAUGUAUUGAAGAGACAUGUUCUAAGUCAUCAACGAACGGGUAAGCCCAAACAAAUCGGUGCAAAGGUAAACAGAAAAACGGGACCCAAACCAUUUGAGUGCGAUGUAUGCCAAGGUCGGUUCAGGGAGAAAAAUCAAUUAUAUUACCAUAACCGAGUAAUGCAUGGACCGAAGAUAUUUGAAUGCCAUUUGUGCGAUCAUAAAUAUGCGAUGCGUUCACACCUGGUGCAGCACGUGCAAAGACAUUACCAUAUAAGAGGCGAAAAAACUCAACAACUAAAGCAGACACAGCAAAUAGAAAAGUCCUCAAAAAGCGAUGAAAGCCCAGUUGACACAAACAUGAAAUUAGAGGAGGGUAUAGAGUUUUGAAUCUGGCACGCGUUACAAGUUUCCAGAAAAGUGAUAAGUCGCAGUCACAGUUGAAUACAUAGUUGUAUCCACGAUUCAAAGUUUUUGACGUAUCUCGGAACUUCGCCAAACAUUCGGAACUUCGCGAAAGAAUCGAUUGCAGCUUUGAAAUAUGUUUUAAAUUUGCAGUAGGUAUUUGUCUAUAUUUCUCAAACUUCAACAAAAAUAACAGAACAGAUUGCAUUGAGUA